AGAAGGUGUGUGUUUAAAAAGGGAGUGUUGUCAAUGUUGUUGUAUCUGAAGCAACUUGAGGACACAGUUUCAUACACUGGAAGCUGUCGUCUGCUGAGGACCAAACUAGGCUCACUGUCUUGAUCAGGGUGGAAAGAUGUCUGAAGAGAUGCAGCGUGCCAGUGGCAGUGACUUUCAGCAGCUGUGGGGGAGUUGUUCCUCCCAGCUGAACCAGCUUUAUGAAGACCCCAGGGUAACAAAGCUGAUGAACACAAGACUCGGGCUGUACCUCAGCAGUCACCCUGUCUUAGCUGUGACAGUGCUGCUCUUCAGCAGCCUGGCCGCACUGCCUGUUGGACUUUUCCUCACUUUUGCUGCUGUGACUAUUGUUAUGUCGGCUAUAGGCUUUGUUUUCUUUGAAGUGUUCCUGUUGUUUGUAGGAGGGUUGACUCUGCUGAGUGUGCUUGUCGGCAUCGCUGUGUUCUCUGUGGUGGCCUCAUUCAUCACUAAUGUGCUUUAUUUCAUCGUCUCCACAAUCCUCAACCGCUAUUACCCACAUCUCAUGAAGGGUGACGCGCAGGAGGAGGCGAGUGAACCUGAAACCUCAGGACGGAAGAAAAUGUAGAAGCUCCAUCUUUAUUUUGUUCAACUUUGAUGUGGAAAAGCUUGAAAUAUCUAAGUGACCCAGGGCCUUGAAUCAGCACCACUGAGACUUGAUGGAUCAGGAUUCAGAGGGUACAGUACUUUGAAUGUACUGUAUGGUGGCUUAAUUCUGGGAUCUGCAGAUACAAUCCCAAGAAAAAGACGCCCUCAUGGUAACUGUAUGAGUAAACCCUCACUAUAAUACUAAAAGUGUCAUUACCUUUAUAUAUGUUCAAAUCACAGCUAUAGCAAGAAAUAACUAAUCAUUUAAAUGCCUUAAUAGAAAAACUACUGCUGAAUGUGUACUUGACUAAAUGCACAUUGAUGACAUGGUGGCUAUAUCAAGUAGAAGAGGAAAAUAGGAAUUGACGACGAAUGGCAGACUGAUGUACGUUGUAAAAAAAGCCAUGCACUAAUCCACUGGGGAUAAUCAGUCUGCAAAUUUUUGUGUAUGUGUGCAGGUGUGCAGGUGUGUGAUACAUAAAAGGUGAAAAUUGCACUACAAAACAAUUGUUACAUGUUUAUGAAUGUGUUACUGUAAAAGUGCAGAAGUGUACAUCUGUAAUUAAUGUGUGGAGGGUUGUUUUUUCAACGCAGUUGGUUACAAGUUGCCCUGUUAAAAAUGUUUCAUAAGAUGUAACUGUUUUUAUGGCCUUACCAAAGUAAUGUUACAUAAUACAUGACUUCUCUAACAAGUGUUUUAAACUGGGAAAACAUAAUGCCAUAAACAUGCUCUACUUUGUAAAAGAAGCUAAAGAAGGCAUUCCUGCACAACAGCAAUGAAAUGAAUAUUGUAAAAUCUUUACCAAAAUAAAAUAUUGGGAUGUUUCCUCUUUGUCAUCAUUUUAAAGUGUGACAGUAACUUAAGAUUCAUAUAUUUUUUUUAUCCCAGUAGAUUAAAAUGACAUUAAUUUUGUACUUCAAUAAUGUAAAAAAACUCAACAUGACACUGGUUUCUACCAAACACUUCAUGUACUGCAGUUUCGACAAACGCUCAUCAGAGGAAAAUGUAUCAUGGCUGCAAAUCAAUGUAUUCUUGGUGCUAGCUCAUCAUGCAAAAAAAUCUGAUCUGCUUGAGUUCUGUAUGUUAUGUUUGAUGUAUACUCACCUAUUGAAGCAGAUACAACUUGAGAACACCCCAUGUAUUUCAAUGUAUGUCUUUUGUACUUUGGAGUUUUGGCUGGCAAUAAAUGUAAUGAGAUCACGCUAA